UGUUAACUCAUUUCUAUCACUUUUAUCCUUCGCAGCGACCUUGCGAAUGCCAGCGCCAGCGCAAGCGUUGCUAUUGCUUCCGUCCACAUCGCAACGAAAAUUGGCUAUUCUCACGCUACUCAACCGGCUGGAAGUGUGGCCUGCACGCAGAUUGGACGGAAUUGACUAGUUGUGUCGACAUCGAGCUGGACAAGAAUGAGGGUGAGACGGCGAAGCGGAGAUACUUCUACAUAACACUGCUUCGCGAACCCAUUUCGCGUUACAUGUCCGAGUACCGGCAUGUGCGGCGCGGUGCUACAUGGAAAGGUUCGCGCCAUUGGUGUCUCGGACGCCAAGCCACCGCGACUGAAUUGCCACCCUGCUACAAGGGCAAGGAUUGGUUGGGCGUGGAGUUGGAUGAAUUCGCCGCGUGCGAGUCCAAUUUAGCAGCCAACCGGCAGACACGCAUGCUGGCCGAUCUGGCGUUAGUAGGCUGCUACAACAAGACUGCAAUGCCGGCGCACGAACGCGACCGCGUGAUGUUGGCGAGCGCUAAACGCAAUUUGGCUGCUAUGGCAUACUUUGGACUCACCGAGUAUCAGAAGAUGUCGCAGUACAUUUUCGAAGAGACAUUCAAUCUUCGAUUUGCGAUACCUUUUGAGCAACACAAUACAACAAUUUCUGCGUCGGCGGUGAACAAUUUGCGACCAGAUCAAAAGAAGCGUAUCGAGGAGCUGAACAGCUUGGAU